AUGAAGCCUCAUAAAGUAGAGUGCGAUCUUCAAUCCCUGAGAAGACUAUACGGUCUUCUCCGAUCAAAUGCAAACAACGAGUCCAUACCCCAAGCAUUUUUGUUAGAUGAGAAUACACAGUUUCUACUAAAGCGUUUGCUCGAUUCUGCGACUGAUGAACUUUUGGCUAGACAAUCCAAGAUACUUGCACAAGUGCAGUUGGGUUUGCCAGAGAGGAUUUCUACAUCAAGUAAAAACUCAAUCAAGGAAUUAGCCUCAAGGGGUAGUGGUAUCAUCAAAUUGCCUAGCAAGGCAGGUUUAACAGAGGAAGUCGUUGAUUCUAUCGAACGAAUCGAAACACAGCUUUCUGCUUUUCGUUUUUGUACUACUCGUGUGGACUCUCAUGACGAUAGAGCAAGGUUGUGUAAGCCUCCAAGCAUGUCUCCCAUGGAAGAUUAUUCUUCUUCUGGAACGCCUUUUCAAAGGUCAAGCGAGGGAGCGUUGAUGAAAGCAAGACAAAGCAAUCAAGCUUCUGUGUUUGGUUUAAGGAGCAAUUACAUGAUGCCAGCAAGUAAACAAAUGAGUCGGGAUCCAAAAACCUCGAAUAUAACACCGAGGCUGACAAGUGUGAACAAUGCUGCAGAGGCAAGCCAUGAUGAUCCAACUUUGCUUCUUCAGUCACAAGGAAGCUCUUCUCUUGAUGAUCAGUUUGUUCGAGUCAGGUCACGUCUUCCAUUACCGCCUCGUCCUGUGAGAUCCGUUGGUUUCAAGAAGCCAAGUCAGAGUAAGAGAACGUCACAAAAGAUGAAACCAACUUUGUUGGAUCAAGGAACUGAGACUUGGGAUGAAGAUUCGAUUGAAACUGAGAGUGGCGAAGAAACAGAACAAGAAUCAGAAGAAGAAAUCUCUGGGGAAAUAGGGUCAGCCUCUGGCUCAAGCUGGGAAACUAAGGCAGAGAGUGUAACCGAGUCAGACUCAUCAGACUCACCAGAGAGUGAUAGUGACUCUCAAGUCAGUGAUUCUCCUCCACAUAAAAGGAGAGACAGAUCAAGCGAUUAUGCAAAAAAGAGGAAGAAGACGAUAGGGCGGUUUAAAAGACUCAAGGAAAAGCUAGGUCAAGUAUUUCACCAUCAUCACCACCACCACCAUCACCAUCACCACCGCGACAAGGAGGAAGACCACAACUCAUCAGCUUGGAAGGAUUUUCAGAGGAAAUUUCAACAAAAACACAACGAGAAAUCAGUCGAGAGACGAAGAAAAUCAGAAUCCAGAGGUCUGACUACACAAAAGAACAGAGGCGGGCAAUUUCAUGCGCUAGUGGAGGGUUUGAUGAGACAUAGAAGACAAUCAAAGAAACAAAAGCACAAGUUGCAGAGCCAUGGCAGGAAAACGCAUUGGUGGCAAACCCGUAAGCGUCGACGAGGUGGUAUCAGGUUUCUCAACAGAGGGCGGGUUAAGCUAGGAAAAACAAAUUAUUUGUGUAAUAAGGAUUAA